CGGGAGCCUCGAGGCCCUCCCGGUCCAGCCGGGGGUUUGGGGGUUCCGGGGGCACGGCAGCCGCAGGGAGUCCCAGGGCUGCCCCCGGCCCUGUCCGGUGCCGGUGUGAGGGCAGCGGGUCGGAAACCGGCGGUGCCGGCGCCUUGGCGGAUGCCGCCAGGCGUAACCGGGGGUUCAGCUGGGCUGAACUGGUCCGUGGCACCGGGGAUCCCGCUGCCCGCCCGGAACAGCCGGAACACUGGGGCGGGCACGGGCAGCGUCUGGGUCACCGGCCCCGGGAGUAUCACCGGGGGGAAGGUUCCCCGUUCCGCCCGGUUCCCGCUGCCGGCAAGGCCUGGGGCUCCCGGUCCCGGGGCAGUACUCGGGGGUAUCCGGUGGUGCGUGCCGGGCAGGGUCCGGAGAGGUCCCGGCCGGUGCCGGUGCCGGUGCCGGUGCCGGUGCCGGUGCGGGAGGCGGCGCUGUCCCCGCCGGCCGGAAGCGGAAGUGACGCGGCCCCGAGCCCCCCACCCUCCCCCCCGCGACCCCCGGCAGCGGAGCGGCCGCCGCAGGCCCGAUGGACGCGGAGGCGCCCCGGGGGCUGUAGGACCCCCCCGCCCUCCCCACCCCAGCACCGGCAGCCGCGGCCGGGCCGGGCCGGGCUCCCGCCGUGCCGGGGGUCCCGCCGGUCCCCGCGUCCUCGCGCCAUGUCGGGGGCCCUGAGCAAGCGCAGCGACCUGGCCAACGACAACCGGUGCCCGGGGCUGAGCCUGGGGCUGGCGGCGGCCCCCGACCCCCGCACCGGCCCCGGGGGGGCCCCGGCCGAGGAGCUGCCCGGCGCCGGGUGGGCGAAGGCCGGGCAGGACCAGAACCGCAACGAGCUCGAGCCGGGGCCGGGGCCGGGGCGGUCUCCCGGGGCGCACGGGGAGUCCCCCGGAGCCCUCGAGCCGGGGGUCCGGGCCCGCAAUGCCCGGAACGCCGCCGGGAACCCGCGGGCUCUGCUGAUCGGCGCCUCGGAGGAGGAGGAGGAGGAUGAAGAUGAGGAGGAGGACGAGGAGGAGGAGGACGGCGCCGGGGUCUCUCCGCCGGCUCUGGGCACGGAGCGGGCCCUGCGGGAGCCCCCGGGGCGCAGCGCCAGCCGCCUCUUCGGGGGGCCCGGCCCCGGCAGCGACGAGGACUCGAGCUGGGCCACGCUGAGCCAGGGCAGCCCCGGCAGCUCCCCCGAUGAGCCAGAGUCGCUGUGGCCGUGUGGCGCGGGAGCACACGGGGACCUGCCCCCCGGCUGGCUGCGGGUGCAGGACACCUCGGGCACCUACUACUGGCACGUCCCCACUGGGACCACGCAGUGGGAGCCCCCCGGCGGGCCCCACGAGAGCCCUUCCGAUGGCAGCACCCCCACCGAGGGGCCCACCCUUUCCUGGACGAGCUUUGCCCCGGCCGAGACCUUCAACGAUGGGGACUUGUGGAAGGACCCCACAGCUGAGGAGGAGGAGGAGGAGGAAGAGGAAGAUGAGCCAGGAGUGUCAGACCUGGAGAUGCUGUCACCAGGCCCAGGAUCACCGGGAGAGGGCAUGGCCCUGAGCGAGGAGGAUGUGCUGGACUCCAAGGCACGGGCGCUGCUGCUGCUGGAGGAGCGCACGCUGAAGCUGGUGGACCCCCAGGACCGGGCCCUGCUGCACGCGCAGCCCGUGGGCGGCAUCCGCGUGUGGGGCGUGGGGCGGCACGGCAGCAGGGACUUUGCAUACGUGGCCCGGGACCCCCUGACGCAGGUGCUGAAGUGCCACGUGUUCCGCUGCGAGGGGCCCGCCAGCGCCAUCGCUGCUGGGCUGCACCGGGUCUGUGCUCAGCUGACAGCGGAGCGGCGAAGUGCCCGGGCAGCAGGCAACGGCCUGGGGACAGACCCCCCCCGGCUGGGAGAGCCUCCCCUGCAGGUGGAGUUCCCAGCCCCCAAGAGUGAGGUGGUUCAGCGCUUCCCCGUGUGUUACCUGGGCUGUGUCCCCGUGGCCAAGCCAGUGGGCAUGGAUGUGAUCAACGCGGCACUGGAGGCGGCGCUGGCCCCUGGCUCAGGGGAGCCCCCUGCGCCCACCCCCGUGGUGGUCAGUGUGGCCCCCGCCACCCUCACCAUUGCUCACCGCCAGACAGAGGCGGUGCUGUGCGAGUGCCGCGUGCGGUUCCUGUCCUUCAUGGGGGUGGGACGCGACGUCCGCGCCUUCGCCUUCAUCAUGGCCAGCGCCCCCGGCACCUUCCGCUGCCACAUGGUGUGGUGCGAGCCCAACGCCGCGGGGCUCAGCGAGGCGCUGCAGGCCGCCUGCGUGCUCCGCUACCAGAAGUGCCUGGACGCGCGGCCCCAGGCCUCCAGCUCCUGCCUGCCGGCCCCUCCGGCCGACUCGGUGGCGCGGCGGGUGGGCUCCUCCGUGCGCCGAGGGGUGCAGACCCUCCUGGGGACCCUCAAACCGCGGCGGGGAGGGGCGCAGACCCCGUGAGUGGGGUGAGGGCACGGGGGGCAUGUGGCUGGGCAAGGCAGCGUCGGGGGGCAGGACCACGGACCCAACGCUCCGGGGCACAGAGUUACCCAGGGUGUUGGGUCGGGGGUCCUGCCCGCACCACUGCCCCCGCGGUGGGUCACGCCCCCCCCAAGGUCCCCAAUGCAUGUGGCGUAACGAGGGUCUGUGUUGUACUAAAUCAUUAAUUAAUAAACCCAUUCCACCA